GACAGACCCAGCUCCGCAGUCACUUUCACGCAGCAGGCACACAAAAGAGCGCGCAGAGCUUGCGGCUUGGCCCCGGGACCCCCACAAACCAGGGGAGGAGAGGGGGAUAACUCGGGGACACCCUUCCUUCGGGGCACCGCUUGGCACCCAGAAGAGCCCGGAAGAGAGCAGAAGGCACAGCCAGCUCCAAUGUCUUCUCAAUGUUUGAUCAAUCUCAGAUUCAAGAGUUUAAAGAGGCCUUCACUAUCAUGGACCAGAACCGGGAUGGCUUUAUUGACAAGGAGGACCUGCGGGACACUUUUGCUGCACUUGGUCGGAUAAAUGUUAAGAAUGAAGAGUUAGAUGCCAUGGUAAAGGAGGCCCCAGGGCCCAUCAAUUUCACUGUCUUCCUGACCAUGUUUGGGGAGAAACUCAAGGGCACAGACCCAGAGGAGACCAUUCUGCAUGCCUUCAAGGUGUUUGAUACUGAAGGGAAAGGCUUCGUCAAGGCUGACUUCAUUAAAGAGAAGCUUAUGACUCAGGCCGACCGGUUCAGUGAGGAGGAGGUCAAGCAGAUGUUUGCAGCUUUCCCACCAGAUGUUUAUGGCAACCUAGACUACAGGAACCUGUGCUACGUCAUCACGCACGGUGAGGAGAAGGACUAGGAGAUGAGGUCUCCUCCACAUCUAGAGUCAUGGAAGACUGGCUGGGGUAGGGGACCAGUUCAGGCUCCUGUUGCUGGUGUGUGCAGGGACAGCCUCUAUUAUCCCAGGAUUCAGGGGACA